AUGGCUAACGACAAACCUCUCACUCAAGCCAUCGUGCGAAGCCUUCUACGAUCCCCGUUCCAGGCUGAAGACAGUGCGCACCCAUGGGCUCUGGAAAUUUCCGCUGACCCGAGCCAGCCGCUGCUAAGAACGUGGGAUAGCCGGUCAGGUAGCCAACCCGACGCGAUGGGGAGGAUGUUUUCAAGAUCUCCUCGUGAACGACUAGAUACUGCAACAACUCGGGAAAAAUUUCUGGCUAUACACGCUGAUCAUAAAAGAUGGGAUCCUACUCCCUUUAUUUCAUUCACGCAAUCCCCGGAUGAGCUCCAAGAAAAUGCCAAAAGGAGAGCACAGAAGAGAGGGAGUCAGACAAUCACUGCUUUGAAUCCAAACGUUAGGGCGAAGAACGGCCUUCCCAUUCUCAACAUGGAUAAAGAAAUGCGUUUCUAUGGAGUACCCGACCCAUACGGCAAAUCCAAUGAAUAUUACAAAAAUCACUACGUCUGUUUAUGGGAAGUUGCGAAAGAGGAGAUUGUUGGACAUUGGGAAUGGGCGGAUUUACUUGAGACUGAUCACUGGUACGAGGACAUCAUUUUGCCCACUUUCAAAACGCAUAAUCGUAAUUACUUCGGUGGUGGAGCAUUUGACAUGUCAGCUUUAUUGGAUCUACUGCCCGAACCGCAGGUAUCAGCCACCGAAGCUCGCCCUUUCCACCGUGGGUUUGGUUUUAGCGACUUCGAUACCUCCAGUGAGGGUGAGGAAGUUCGCUUUGUGGAAGAUUGCUUCGAGGAAGAAUAUGACUCCUACGAUGAGGUCGAAGAGGAUAAUGCAGCGGAUGACUCUUUGAAUGGUAUUUGA